AUGGUGGCUGUUUUGGACGAGGCAGGUCCCUACACAGUGUUUGCUCCAAGAAACACCACCUUUUCUUUACUGAAGGACAGUUACCUAGACUACCUUGUAUCUGAUGAGCUGAGUUUUAGCUAUAUCAUCUCAAGUGCGCAGACUGUGUCCAUGGCUAAUCAAGUUCUAGCAUUUAAUGUCACCCUUGUUGGUCAAAUUUUGAUCAACGGGGUAGCGGUGGUUGAGACAGAUGUUGAGGCAAAGAAUGGACGUCUCUAUUCGCUGGAUGGGAUUCUAAUCCCGCCCACCAUAGAACCCAUCCUCCCUCAUCGGUGUGACGUUACUGAAAAUGUUAAAUAUAAGGGUCUGUGUGUGAGCUGUUCAUCAGUCACCAGGUCCACCUGUCCAACAGGUGUCUCAAUGAACACGUUUUCCAGGGGCUGUGUGUACAUGAAAAAGUCUCUAGGCCUGAAUGUUCCUGUUCUGGGUUGCAGCCUGUUUUGCAGUGAGAACCGUACUACCCCACAAUGCUGUAAAGGCAUUUUUGGAUCAGACUGUUCCCCUUCGCCUGGAUUCACUGCCCCCUGCUCCUCUCAUGGCAUGUGCUUCGAGGGUAUAGAUGGCAAUGUCACUUGUCAGUGUGAGCCCAACUUCAAAGGGUCCCGUUGCCAGUACUGUGCUGACCCCAACAAGUACGGCCCAUCCUGUGACCAAACCUGCGGGUGUGUGCAGGGCGUGUGUGACAACCGCCCAGAAGCCCACGGCACGUGUAAGUCAGGCUCCUGCAAACCAGGUUUCUCUGGGCAGCUCUGUGAUAAGCACACCCAGCCUUGCGGGCCCAAGCAGCCGUGCCACACCCAUGCUGACUGUGUCUACAGCGAAGGAGAGCUCAUGUGUGUGUGUAAGCUGGGUUUCAAAGGGAAUGGAUUCCUGUGUGUGGAGAGCGACCCGUGUACUUCACCUCCCAACGGAGGCUGCAGUAACAACGCUAGGUGUAUAAAAACUGGACCAGGCACCCGCAGGUGUGAGUGUCUGAAGGGGUGGAAAGAGGAUGGAGAUGAAUGCCAGCCUAUCAAUAACUGUGUGGAGCCCUCUAGAGGCGGGUGCCAUCCCAACGCGUCAUGCGUCCACGUAGGCCCAGGACAGAAUUACUGUAUGUGCAAGAAGAAUUACCGUGGCAAUGGGAAAGAUUGUGAGGCUAUCAAUCAGUGUGUAGAUCAAAUGGGAGGAUGUCAUCAGCAUGCUUCUUGCUUGUAUGGGAAUCAAGGGAGGUUUGAGUGUGUAUGUCAGAUGGGUUAUUCAGGAGAUGGGAGCAUCUGCUAUGGAACCCUGGCACAGGACGUGGAAAACAAUCCUGAUCUGAGUGAAUUCAAUACGUGGUUGACUAAGUUUCAGUCUCGAGCAGACCUCAAGGACAUGCUGACCGAAGGCCAGAACAUGACUCUAUUUGUGCCAUCGGAACAAGCCAUCGGCAACCUGAACAAAGACGACCGGGAUUACUGGCUGGCCGUCAGCAACCUUCCAAGUCUGGUCAAGAGUCACAUGGUUUCUGGGUUCUUUGCUUUGGCUGAGCUCCGGAAUUCACCUUCUCCAGAACUAGUUUCCCUUUUGAAAAAGACACUUCCUGUUUCCUGGACCAAUGAGACCACCAGAGUGGCUGGAGCUAAAAUUGUAUCAGGAGACAUUGUUGCCAAGAAUGGAUUCAUUCACCUGAUUGACACAGUUCUCAUCUCUGAUCGUAAGCUGAGCGAAGGUUUACUUGAGGUGCUGAACCAGAGACAACAGUUCUCUCUCUUCAGGGACAUGCUUCUUAAAUUCAACUUGACUGAGGAAAUGGAGAGCGCCUCUGGUUUUACAUUGUUCGCACCUACGGACAGUGCUAUUACUGAAUAUCUGAAGAACACCGGAGAAAGCUCAUUGGACCUGAAUGUGACACGUUACCACAUUGUGCUGGGUGACACCCUGAGGCAGGCGGACCUGCAGGAUAGCCUGUACAAAGACACCAUGCUGGGUUUCUCCUAUCAGAUAGGCAUUUUCUGCAAAGACAGUAACUUUUGGGUGAAUAAGGCUCUGGUGACUGCUACAGACAUUUUGACUUCUAAGGGGAUCAUCCAUGAAGUGUCUGCUGUACUGAAGGUGCCCAGGAACCGCUGUGACACAGCGCCCACCAAGAUCGUCCAGGGGCAGUGCAUGGACUGCUUUCACCCAACCGAGAGCCGUUGUCCCCCUGGAACCCAGCAAGUAUUCACGUCCAUAAAAAGGACCAAAUGUGCAUAUAGCAGGAGGAAACACGGGAUGUUCAUUGGCUGUGAGGCUUCCUGUCAAAAACGGACCAUCGUAAGGAAGUGUUGUGAGGGCUUUUAUGGUGUUAACUGUGAGAGCUGUCCAGGGCCAGAAGGCCAGCCCUGUUUUGGUAACGGUGUGUGUGUGGACGGUAUUAAUGGUACAGGAGCGUGUCGGUGCAACCCUGGCUUUAACGGCACAGCCUGCGAGUCCUGCCAGACGGGAAAGUACGCCACCCACUGUGACCAAGACUGUAAGUGUGUGAAUGGUCACUGUAAUGAUGGUCAGGAGGGGGAUGGCACCUGCGAAUGUGACGUUGGAUGGAGAGGAAUACUCUGCUCUAUAGCCAUAACCACAGACUCAUGUAAAGGGACGUGCCACACCAGUGCAAAUUGUCUACUGAACGUAGCAGAUAAUUCAUAUUACUGUAGAUGUGCAGCUGGUUACCAGGGCAACGGUACAUACUGUACAGCGGUGAACGCUUGCGCGAAGGAUAAUGGCGGAUGCUCCUCCAGCGCUGUGUGUAAGAUAAGUAUCCCAGGACGCAGGAAGUGUGUGUGUAACCCAGGUUAUGCAGGGGAUGGAAAAGUGUGUGUGUCAAUCAAUCCAUGUCUGGACGGUAGUGGAAGCUGCAAUGCCUAUGCAGACUGUGUACACACAGGCCCAAACAAGACAGCAUGUGUGUGCAAAGCAGGCUACUCUGGAAAUGGACAGCAGUGUAAUCCUAUCAAUUUGUGUUACAAGAAAAAUGGAGGCUGCCACAAGCAAGCCAUCUGUAUGAUAACAGGGCCAGGUGAGAGGAACUGCACCUGUCGCAAGGACUACAUGGGAGAUGGGAUGACCUGCAAAAGUAACGUCAUGCAGGAGCUCCGAAACAGAGAGCUGACAAGUUUCUUCUACAGUGUGUUAUGGUCUGAUGCUUAUUUCCUACAAGGACGUGGUCCAUACACUGUGUUUGCUCCUAACAAUAAGGCACUUAAAAAGGCAGAAUACCAGAAGCCAGAGAAUAAAGAGAGCAACGCAGCGCUGGUCCUGUACCACAUCGUGUCAUGCCGUAUCCUGAUGCCGGAGGACCUGAUGCAGCCCCGUAACCUCACCACGCUCAGCGGGGAAACGCUCACCAUCUCCUACUGGGAGGGCUCGAUAUAUAUCAAUAACAAGGCCAAAGUGGUGUACAGCGAUCAGGAGAGCAACAACGGGAUUUUCCACGAGAUCGACACGGUUCUCAUCCCCCCCAGCUUCCAGAAGCUGAAUGGAAUGAAUAAGUCUGCCAGCCUCCCUGACCUCAAAGAUGUAGCAAAUGAACACGGCUUCAAGACAUUUUUCAAACUGUUGGAGGACACGGAGGUGAUGGAGCGGGUGCAGGACCGCCUCCAUCAGCCUGUCACGCUCUUCCUCCCCACCGACUCCACCAUGGCUGCCCUGCCUCAGGAGCAGAAGGACUUCCUGUUCGGCCUGCAGAACCGCGCCCAGCUGAAGGAGUACCUGGAGUACCAUGUCCUCCAUGAUAUGAAGAUGCAGUCUGCAGAAACGAUUCAUUUCAGUUCAAUGAAGACCCUUCAGGGUUCUGACAUCUCUGUGAGCUGCGUCGGAGAGGACCAAAUAGGUGAACUGUACAUCAGUGACAAAAGUUGUCGGAUUGUAAAGAGGAACCUAAAGUUCAAUGGAGGCUUGGUUUAUGGUAUUGACUGCUUGUUAACACCUCCCAGCCUUGGGGGGCGCUGUGAUCAGAAGGACACUGUAGACAUCACAAUGCCUUGCAGAUAUUGUGCUGUUACAGUCUCAUCUGAUUGCCCUUCAAUAAGUAAACCAAAGUCUAUACAGAGGUGCGACCUGCCCAGACGCUUCUCAUCUGUGAAUGCUGGAUGUCAGUCUGUGUGCACCAUGGUCAUAUGGAAGCCCAAGUGCUGCUCAGGUUACUACGGCAGGGAUUGUCUCGCCUGUCCUGGAGGACCAAGAUCCCCCUGUAGUAACCAUGGACAGUGUGAUGAGGAUCACCUAGGCAACGGCACCUGCACAUGUUUUCCUGGGUACCAGGGAGUGGCCUGUGAAUUAUGCAUAGAUGGCCACUUUGGACCAGAGUGCAAAGCCUGUAACUGUUCUGAACAUGGAUCAUGUGAUGAGAGUCCAGACGGUACAGGUUCCUGCUUCUGUGAUGAGGGCUGGACUGGUCCACAGUGUGAACACAAGCUGGCCGACAGCCCUGUGUGCGUCCCUGCUUGCCAUGCAAAGGCGGUGUGUGCCAACUCCUGUGUUUGUAAACCAUUUUACGAGGGAGACGGGCUCACCUGCACAGUGGCUGACCUGUGCGGGUUCUGGAAUGGAGGCUGCUCGAAGAACGCCAACUGCUCCCAGAAGGAGGAGAAGGUGAACUGCACCUGCUUGACGGGCUACUCUGGAGACGGCCAUGUCUGCUCGCCGGUGGACCCCUGUGUUACGGAUGAUAACGGAGGCUGUCACGAGCAUGCCAUCUGUACAAUGACUGGAAUAAAUAAGAAGAAGUGUGAGUGUAAGCCUAACUACAUUGGUGAUGGUCUGGAGUGUGAGCUGAAGGUGCUUCCAGUGAAUCGCUGCAUGCAGGAUAACGGCCAGUGUCACUCUGACGCUCAGUGCACUGACCUGCACUACCAGGAUAAGACCGUUGGGGUCUUCCACUACCGUUCUCCACUGGGAGUGUACAAACUCAACUACACACAGGCCCAGGAGGCCUGCAAGCAGGAGGGAGGCACUAUUGCUACAUACACACAACUGUCCUAUGCUCAGCAGGCUGGGUACAGUCUGUGUUCUGCCGGGUGGCUCGAGCAGGAGCGCGUGGCCUAUCCCAUGAGCUAUUCCCACCUCAAAUGUGGCUUUGGUCAUGUGGGCAUCGUGGACUACGGCAAACAAACUGACCAGAGCAGGACCUGGGACACGUUCUGCUACCGGCCAAAGGAUGUGAAAUGUGAGUGUAAGAUGGGCUACAUUGGUGAUGGAUACACUUGCACUGGAAACCUGCUACAGGUUCUCUCCUCCAAGCCCAACUUUUCCAACUUUCUGUCACAAAUCUUGAAUUGCUCCAGAACUUCAGCAUCAGGUCAAGAGUUUGUGAGGCGUCUCAGCAACAUAACCACCCAGUCCUCCCUGUUUGUGCCUGAUAAUGACGGUCUCUAUGAGAACGAGACACUGUCCUACAGGGAUUUAGAGCACCACCUGCUGGAUGGGAGAGCUCUGGUGCUGCAAGCUCUCAUUAACGUCAGCCAUGUUUGAACACAUCUGGGACAUACACUCAGUGUGAAAGGGGUUCCUAGCCUGCAGAGCCCCCAGACACUUGCUUCCUCUGGAUAUGUCAAUGACCGUUACAUUAUCGAAUCUGACAUUUUUGCAUCCAAUGGGAUCAUCCAUGUGCUGCAUGGACCAAUGAAAGCUCCACCCCCUUCGGCCCCUUCCCUCCACCCUGCCCACAAGGCAGGGAUGGGCAUCGGUGUUCUGCUACUCGUCAUCCUUAUCGUGGCUGGAGCAUUUGUGGCCUACCAUUUCUACACCCAGCAAUCCAAGCCUUUCCAGUUCCACUACUUCAAGGAAGAUGAGAAUGAAGACAGCAGCCCUUCCACACCUGCCCCAACUGACCCCCUCCUCCCAGUAGAUGAGGAUAGCUGAAGAGAUGUGGGAUCUCACUCAGACACUCUCCUUACAGCUCAGAGCCUGAA